GGGUCUGACGCAUACCGAUCGGUUCGUACAGGAGUGAAAGCCAAACCCAAUAUACCGAUCGGUUCAUUUCCUCCGCUCAUUGUUUUUCCAAUCAACUUUCGCAUCAUGGAUAUCCACCGCGUCCGCGGCGAGCUUGCUUAGAUCAAAACCACCAUGGCUGAACAAUUUCAACACCUCCGGACAUCAAUCAACCGCCUCACGGAAUCAUUUUCGAGCGUUCCAACUGGAUCAUCUGAUCGUGGGAAGCGACCGGAAUGCCGGAAAAUGGGGCUUAUUUGUGAUCCACAAUAUUUUUAGGCCCACUAGUAUAUAUUAUAAAUGAUGUAUUUAUGAAAUUCGGUUUUAUUAAACCGGGACAAGCCGUCAAAUCCAAGAACCGAAAGUCUCGUGCUUUACAAUUACAAGGGCUUUCCGAUCAGAUUCUGAAACACAGACAAACCGAACUGAACGGUUCAGUUCAAGAUUCCGACCACGAAACUCUUCCCUGUUUCUCUUCCCUGAAUUCUCUCUCUCAGUUUUUCAUUUCAUUUCCUAAAAGAACUUUACGAACAUAGAAACGGAAUUUGGGGAGGGAAGAUAAUCUGAAUAGAUCCGAGGUAAGUGUCGGAGCGUCAGGGAAGAGGAUGGGAGAUGUCUGGACAUGGUUGAUUUCCUUCUUCUUCCUCAUUGCCCUUGUCGGAAUCAUCGUUUACCAGCUUGUUUGCUUAGCUGAUCUGGAGUUCGAUUACAUCAACCCUUACGACUCUGCCUCAAGAAUAAACUUUGUGGUAUUACCGGAAUUCAUAGUUCAAGGCACUCUAUGCUUAUUCUACCUCGUGACCGGACAUUGGUUAAUGACACUCUUGUGUCUACCCUAUCUCUACUACGAUUACCAACUUUACUCGAAAGGGCAGCACUUGAUAGAUGUGACAGAGAUCUUCAACUUGCUGAACUGGGAAAAGAAGAAACGGCUGUUCAAACUCGCAUACAUAAUCCUCAUCCUCUUUCUCACCAUAUUCUGGAUGAUAUACUCGGCGCUGGAUGGGUACGAGGACUGAGGUUGACACAGUUUAAUCUCCUCCAUGGAUGGAGAGACAGUUGAAAGAAUUGGUUGAUUGAAGCAGGUUUUUGUGGUUUAGUGGAUGGAUUUUUCCCCCCCAAUGUUUGUGCGUGCAAUUAAUGGCAGAGAGAUGUAUCCUUCUGAACUUGUAGGUUUGAUUUGGGCUGUCGGGAGAUGAAGAUUCUGUUUGAAAUUAAACCUCUGAAACCUCUCUCUCUCUCUCUCUCAAUUUUUUUUGUCUGAUUUUGUUUUUGGUUGUGUUAUGAGAAACAUUGUAUCGAUAAAUCUUAUUAACUUCGUUUUUCUUCAUACAAA